CAGACCAGUUUUUAGUUGGUGAAGUUGUUGAAGAGAAGAUAUAGCUUGGUGUUGAGUGCUACAGAAUUUUGAGUUUAGAAAACCUCAAAAUGGCAGAACCUACUUCACGGAAAAGUGAGCAUCUUGAUUCCUUCACUCAGGAGAGAUUUACAUAUUUUAAAAAAGAAGAAUUUGAAGUAGACUGGGAGAAAAUUUCCGAAAGCAAGUUUGGCCGUGUGUACAAAGUCAAGCUCAAGCUGUGGCGGGAAAAAUGUGCCGUUAAGACUUUUAUUAACUCCAGUGAUUACAGGAACAUGUUGCAGGUCUCCAAAAUAGGGAAGAUCAAAUUUAAAUACUUGAUGACUAUUUAUGGGCUGUGCAAAGACUCGAGCGUGAUGGAGUACAUGGGCAGAGGAUCCCUGGAUACUCUUCUCACAACCCAUGCUCUUAUGUGGCCAAAGAAGUUCCAAAUGAUCCAUGAGGUGACCAUGGGCAUGAACUUCCUGCACAGCAUGAAGCCACCUCUCCUUCAUCUGAACCUCAAGCUAUCCAACAUCCUUCUUGAUGAUCAUCUUCAUGUUAAGAUUUCAGAUUUUGGGAUAAUUAAAUCGGACGACUCUUCUAACAAGACAGAAUUCAUUGAGCAUUUGGCAGCAAGGGGAAACAUUAGCUACGUCCCACCAGAGACUUUCAGCCUGAACGCUGAACCUCCUACUUCCAAAUAUGAUGUUUACAGCUUCGCCAUGGUGAUGUGGGAGAUUCUGACCCAGAAGAGGCCGUAUUGCGGAAUGAAUAUGACUGAAAUAUUGAUCAGAGUGACAUCUGGCAAAAGGCCCAAUGUGGAGAUGGUCCCAGAUGACAAGCCUCCUGAGUGUGAGGAGAUGAUCAGCAUAAUGCAAGCCUGCUGGUGUCAAGACUCCAGCGAACGGCCAGCUUUUUCUGAGACGGUGUGGCUGACUGAAGCUCUAAGUGAUGUCCUGAAACUCCCAGACAAGAUUCCAGGCAAGGAGAUAAAGAAGAGAUCACGUAAAAUUGAAAAGUCUCUGUCAGCCUUGCCGAGAGGAGACUCAAACGAUACACCCGAUGGACAUUCAGAUAAAGACAUUGUGUCUUACUUGAAACACAAGGACUUUGAAACCUUCAAAAAUGUCUUAAAGAAGGAGCAUGUCUCGAUGCUCUUCAAAAAUGACAACUCGCUCCUUCACUAUGCCGUCGCCAGCGGCAACACUGAAUGCGUUAGGCUGGUGUUAAAUCAUGGGGCGUCAGUGAACUGCCAGUGUGCCAACGGAUACACACCACUUGUUGUCGCAUUGCUGAAGAAGUAUCACGAGACCUUCAGCCUGCUUGUGGAACAUGGUGCCGAUGUCAACAUCCCUGAACAAGACCUGUGGACGCCGCUGCAUUUCGCCUCACAGAGUGGAGACGACCGUGCUGUUCACCUCUUACUAGAUGCCAAAGCCACCGCUGAUGUGAAAGACAAAGAAGGAUGGACGCCUCUUCACGUUGCUGCUCAAAAUGGUCAUGAGAAUAUUGUGCGCCAUCUUCUCUCUCGCUUGAGCAAUGUAGACGAAGAAGAGGGACAAUCCGGAAGGACGGCACUCCACACAGCGUGUGAGUACGGUCACCUGCGCAUUGCCAAGGUCUUACUGGCCAAAGGAGCUGACCCAAAUAGGACAGAUAACUCUCAAUCCACCGCGCUGCACCUAGCAGUUGAACAGGGCCACUUCAGGAUAGUACGGCUACUGGUGAAUAGCAAAGCAGACGUGAAGCGCAAAGACAAACGGACUUACAGCGCCCUGCAUUUUGCAGCCCUCCAAGGCUUCACAGGCAUCUGCAGGCUCCUGCUGAGUCACGGCGAGGACGCUGAUGUCAGGACGUGCCAAAAUUGGACACCCAUGCACCUGGCAGCGCUCAAGGGACAUUCAGAGACGCUGCUGGUUCUGGAAGAGAACGGUGGCUCUGUGGACACGCAAGGUGAAGGAGGGUGGACGCCACUGCACCUUGCAUGCCACCACCAACAUGAUGAAGUUGUCUCGGUGCUGAUAAACGCCGGGGCCAACCCAAAUAUGGCUGAGGAUGGAGGUUGGACACCGCUGCAUCUAGCGUGCCACAACAGCAGCUUUGCCAACGUGCUCUUGCUCAUUGCUGGGCAUGCCAACGUCAACAUGCAAAACAACAGCAAGGACACACCACUGCAUCUGGCUGUGCAGUCGAGCAGCGUCCCGAUUGUCAAAGCCCUGCUGAUGAAUAGUGCAGAUAAGGACAUAGUCAACUGCAAAGGGUAUACAGCAUUAGAUUUGGCUCGGCAAGGCAGCAAUGAGGAGAUGAUGCAGUUACUGAAGCACUUAGAAGACUAGGUGAGACAAGGUGACUAGGAUAGACAGUCAAAGCCUACACAUAAUGGCAAAUAACAUCCGGCACUGGAAAAGGAUGAAGGGCUGCAUUGAUCUCGCCUAUUGAUUGCGUCUCUCUGCAUAUAUUUUUUUUGUUAAAAGUGUUCCUAUUGAUUUGGCUCAGGGGCAUUUUCAUAAUGUGAUGAAAAGGCCUCCCUUAUUGUAUCGCUCACCCAUUAUUGUGAAUGAAUUCUUCUAUGAGCACUUCCUCUAAGCUGUAUUUGGUAAUAGUUGAAUAUGGUUUCAGAGGACUUUUACAGUGUCACAAUUGUGUGAACUAUCUUCCACAGGAGUUUAUUACUGCGUUCACCUAGAUAUUCUCUUCUGUUACAAAGGAAUGUAGGUCAUUCAUAACAUUCCAUUCCUUUAAAACUAUGUACAGUACAUGUCAGAGAGUUCACAACUGCUUUGACUGCAUUCCUCCCUCUUCUACUCUACCUUAUAGACAGAGCCAAUGAGCUACAUUUUAAACAAUAACACUGUAUACUAUUGUUUCUUCUUCUGAGAAGCUUGUAGACUUCUGAUCUAAUGAAAAAUCAACAAAUCCUGAACAAACGACAGCGAUGUGCGAUUUGAUUCGAGUGAUAUCAUACUGAACACUUACUCACCCCUUGGAAACUUUUCAUAUGAAGCAAAUUGUUCCUACUAUCAAGUGUGAGAACAUGUUGAAACGUGCAGUGAAUACACACUGACUCAUUGUAUCUCCCGUACAAGAGGAAUCCUGCCGAUGCAAUUUUAAAGGGCUUGCUCAGAAAAGAAUUCAUGAGCAAUAAUAAUCAAUAAAUUAGUUAUCUCUCUGUUCAUUUAAUGGAAGAUCAAGCAUCUAUCAUGCAUAAUAUACAGCCUGCUGCUGCUGCUGCUGUGCAGAGAUAAGACGUGCUGGUAUGAGAACCAACACAGGAUUAGUGUAUAAGAAAAGGAAGGAGAAGGCUGUAAGUUUAAGUUCUAGCACUUCCAAAAUAUAAUGUUGUAGCAUAGUAAGCAGUGUAAUAUGAAUCACAGUAAGAUUUUAAGGACAAGUGAUGAAGUUGACAUGAGGUGAAUCACACAUUUUCUUAUCAAAUAAAGUUUUCCAAGAUACAAACUA